AUGGGAGAAUCGGACCCUACCGGGGCCUUGAGCCGCAGGCGAAGGGCUACAUUUGCGGCGGGGAAAGGAGUGAGUAUGCAGCCGAUGAAUGAAAAGUGUUCGUCUGCGAGUCAACUCUCGUUAGCCGCCUGCAGAAAGACAGACAGCGAACCGGGCAAAGUUGACCGCUUGUUUGAAACAACCGGGCCCACCACCAAAUGUGACAAAAAGAAACGGAAGAAUGACAUAAACGAAAGAUUAAGCUGCCACAAGACACAAGAAUCCCUGCUGACUUCCUCGAGUGGGUACAAUAACUACAGAGGGAUUCUAAACUGGUGUGUGGUGAUGCUGGUACUUAGUAAUGCCCGACUCUUCCUAGAAAACCUGUUAAGAUAUGGGAUUCUGGUGGACCCGAUUCAAGUGGUUUCCUUAUUCUUGAAGGACCCCUACAGCUGGCCUGCGGUGUGCUUGAUAAUUGUGUCCAAUGCAUUUAUCAUGGUGGCUCUUAAUACGGAAAGACAGUUGUCAAAGGGGUCAUUCAGUGAGGGCGUUGGCUGUCUUGUCCAUUGUAUUAAUUUGGGUGUCAUGUUGACAUUCCCUGCUGCAGUGGUGCUCUUCGUGCCCUCCACGACCCCAGCUGGAGGUGCGAUCGUACUCGGUACUUACACCAUUCUCUUCUUAAAGCUGUACUCCUACAAGGAAGUCAACAUGUGGUGUCGGGAGCUGAGCACCAUUAAGGCCAAGAAACUGGCGAGGUCACUGUCUUGUCCAUCAUCUCAGUACUCUAAUGGAAAGGACCAUAAAGUUUGUUACCCUGGUAACCUCACAAUGAGAGACCUUUACUACUUUACCUUUGCUCCGACUCUGUGCUACGAGCUCAACUUUCCCCGCUCUUCCAAGAUUCGAAUGGGUUUCCUGCUCAGAAGACUUUUUGAGAUGCUAUUCCUGAUUCAGAUGUUAGUGGGUCUAACUCAGCAGUGGAUGAUUCCCAUCAUUCAAAGUUCCAUGAAGCCACUGGAGGACAUGGAUCUAUCUCGGAUGACUGAGAGACUCUUAAGAUUGGCAGUUCCGAACCACUUGCUUUGGUUGAUGUUUUUCUACUGGUUCUUUCACUCAUCUUUGAACUUCACAGCAGAGCUUCUACGCUUCGGAGACCGACAGUUCUACAAAGACUGGUGGAACUCUGAGUCGGUGACAUAUUUCUGGCAGAACUGGAACAUCCCCGUUCACAAGUGGUGUCUCCGGCACUUUUACAAGCCAUUGCUGAGGAGAGGUUUUAGUAAGAUGGUGAGCCAGUCAGCAGUCUUCUUCUUGUCAGCAUUCUUUCAUGAGUAUCUUGUGAGUGUCCCUCUGAGGAUGUUCCGUCUGUGGGCCUUUAUGGGCAUGAUGGCUCAGCUCCCACUGGCCUGGUUUGUUGGACAUUACCUGCGGGGUAACUAUGGCAACGCAGCAGUGUGGAUUUCACUCAUAAUUGGUCAACCAUUCGCCGUCCUAAUGUAUGUCCAUGACUACUACGUUCUGCAUUACCGGCAAGAGACUGACUAA